UUGAAUUAAAGCCUGUGUAAUUUAAUUUUCUCUUUCUAAUUUUCCCAAUGAAAUUUGGAUUGCAGGGCGAUGAAACAGAGUGCAAUGAGAAACAAUAAUGUCUAUGAACAAUGUGUACAAGGUCCACUCUUGGUUCAUCAAGAUUGGCACCCACAACCACCCUCUCUCCCUCCGACGCCUCCUUCUAUGGUGCUCUGCAACACCAUCCCACGAAAGCUUACCCUACGCCCGCUCUCUCUUCGCCCACUUUCCCUCUCCGGACACCUUCGCUUACAACACCAUCAUCAGAGCCCACGCAACAUCCCACUCCUCUUGCUCCCAUGCGCUCUCAUUCUUCACCCAAAUGCGUAGGCAUGGCGUCCCGCCUGAUAACUUCACCUUCCCAUUUCUUCUCAAGGCCUGCGCUCGCCUCCAACUGGGUCAGGACCUGCAUGCACUUAUUCUCAAGCUUGGGUUUGAUUCAGAUAUUUAUGUUCAGAACGCAUUGCUUAGUUUUUAUGGGGGUUGUGGGUCGGUUGAGCCUGCACUGAACAUGUUCCAUGAAAUGCGUGAGAGAGACUUGGUUUCUUGGUCUUCCAUGAUUGCUUGUUUUGCCAACAAUGGGUUUGCAUACGAAGCUCUUGCCUUGUUUCAGCAAAUGCAGCUUGCAGAGAAUGUGAUGCCAGAUGAGGUUACUAUGCUCAGUGUAAUUUCACCUGUUUCGAUGUUGGGGGAAAUUGAAUUGGGGGAGUGGGUUCAUCAAUUUAUUCACAGAAAUGGGCUAGAACUUACUGUUUCAUUGGGAACUGCUUUGAUCGACAUGUUUUCGAGAUGUGGCUCCAUUGAUAAAUCUAUCAGAGUGUUUGAUGAAAUGCCACUGAGGAAUGUGCGCACAUGGACAGCAUUGAUUAGUGGCCUUGCAGUGCAUGGCCGCAGCAGAGAAGCUCUGAGGGUCUUUUAUGAGAUGAAAGAAUCUGGCUUGCAGCCAGAUCACAUUGUUAUAACUGGGGUUUUAGUGGCAUGCAGUCAUGGAGGCCUUGUUGAUGAUGGUUGGAGGGUUUUCAAAAGCAUUGAAGAUGAGUACGGCCUGAAGCCAACGCUUGAGCAUUAUGGUUGCAUAGUCGACCUGCUUGGCCGGGCUGGCUUGCUUCACGAAGCUUACGAGUUCGUGGAGAAAAUGCCGGUAAGGCCGAAUCCAGUAGUUUGGAGGACUUUGCUUGGAGCAUGUGUAAAUCAUAACCAUCUUGCAUUGGCUGAGAGAGUGAAGGAGAGGGUCCAGGAGCUAGAUCCUUACCAUGAUGGAGAUUAUGUGCUUUUAUCUAAUGCUUAUGGGGGAGCCGGGAGAUGGGUUGAAAAGGAAAAGGUUAGGACUUCAAUGAGGGCAAAGAGAAUUAACAAGAACCCUGGAUAUAGUUUAAUCAGUGUAGAUCAUGCCAUUCAUGAGUUUGUAUCAGGGGCUAACUCUCAUCCCCAAUUUGAGGAUAUUAUAGAAUUCUUGGAGAGCAUAAUUGAAAGUAUAAGAGACACAGGUUAUACUCCUCAUACAUCAAAUGUGUUGCAUGACAUUGAAGAGGAGGAGAAGGAGCAAUGUCUUGGUUAUCAUAGUGAGAAAUUGGCUGUGGCUUUUGCCCUUCUGAGUGUCAAGGAUAGUAGGACGAUUCGGAUCAUGAAGAACCUCCGAAUAUGUCGUGACUGUCAUUCGUUCAUGAAGCAUGUUUCAGAAAAAUUCGGUAGAGAAAUUAUCGUUCGUGAUCGAAACCGAUUCCAUCAUUUUAUCAAGGGAUCAUGUUCUUGUCAGGAUUAUUGGUGAUAGAUGGCUUGUAAUAUCAUCUAUCAGAUUGCUCAUAAAUUUUGCUUACCCUCCUUUUUCU